AUGGCUCCUCCUACCAGACCUACCAGUGCCGGGGCUAGACUCCAGAAACUUGCAUUAACACAACAGUUCUACUGGUUCCUUGGUCAUGUGAUGGCCGUUCUCUUUUUUGCAGUUUCCACCAUCAGUUCGUUUAUCUUUCCUCGUUCAUCGCUUAAGUACUACAGGUUUUCGCUUUUAUCGAUCCUCGUGACUUACGUCAUUGUGAUCAAGCAGAUUUACCUUCGUAAGCUUCUGACUGUGACAGCCACUCGUCUCAUUCGUGACGAAAACGUCCAGUACUUUGUUCUUGCUGGAGUGUUCUACUUGGCUUCCUUCAAGAUAGGCGUCGUGGCUGGUUCGCUUUACUCAUUUGCCAUUUUUGCUGUGUUUCACAUUCUCACAUACUUUCAGAACAACUUGUUGUCGAUUGUAUUGGCCAAUCCUCAGGCUCAACAGCAGGUGAAUGCCACUAUCAACCAGUUUACCACUAACUACAACCAGCAGGCACUUAUAGUUGCAGCCAAUGCUGAAGCCAUGCUUCUCGUGUUGAACGUUUUCCUGGUUUUCCUGGCAUUUUUGUUCAACUUGGUGCUCCAACGUGACAUUGUCUACUUCUUGGUCAAGUUAUGGGUAGCUGCUAUAACUGUAGUGUUUGUAAAGUUCAGAUUCGACUCUAACCAGUACACCAAGCUUGUAAUCCAACAGUUUGAUCUCAAGAUCAGCGAAUUGUUGGCAAGAUUCAACAGUACAGCCUUGAACAACUUGUACAAUGUCUCGUUCAAGAGCCAAUUCCUUCCUCACUACAUUGCACCUAUUCAAGUGCCCAAGGAAAACAUCAAAAAGACAUGA